AUGGUGAAGAUUCCGAGCCCCAGGAGGCUGUUCAGGAGCCGGUCCAGGAGCACCACCACCAGCGUCGGCAGCGCGGACAUCUGCGCCAUGGUCGCCGAGCACGAGAAGAUCGAGUGGGAGGUGCGGCCCGGCGGGAUGCUGGUGCAGAAGCGGCGGUCGCCUGAGGAGGACGCGGCGGCCGUGGAGUACAUCCUGGUGAGAGUCUCCACCGGCUGGCAGUGGCACGACGUCUCCAUCGACGCCACCGCGACCUUCGGCGACCUGAAGGUGAUGCUGUCGCUGGUGACAGGGCUGUGGCCCAGGGAGCAGAGGCUGCUGUACAGGGGCAAGGAGAGGGACGACUGCGAGCACCUGCACAUGGUGGGCGUCCAGGACAAGAACAAGGUGCUGCUCAUGGAGGACCCCGCCGUCAAGGAGAGGAAGCUCAGGUCAACCACCUUGGCGCAGCUCAUGGGGGUGCCCUGCCACUCCUUCAUCCAAGUGUAG